UCUUUCAGUCUCUACGAUCCAUCUCGCCGCAUUCGUCAGCGGAGGAAGAAUCGAAAUUUUGUAAGGGUUUAUGACCGAUUUGAGCUUUGAAUCAACCGCAAUAUUGGCUUUAAUCUAAUUCCUUAACAAGUAUGAAGCCAAGGAUUGGUGCAUUUUUCCUCUACGUAAUCUUCCUCAUUGCGAGCAUUGACAGAUCGAUAUCCAGUUCUUCGAAUUCAGACUUCUUUGGGAUUGCUCCGGAAGAUGAGAACUAUUUCAAACCAUUAUUAUCAUCCGGAUCAAUCAAAUGCAAGGAUGGAUUCAAGAAGUUCACCAAAUCUGAGCUGAAUGACGAUUUUUGUGAUUGCCCUGAUGGCACUGAUGAGCCAGGUACAUCGGCAUGUCCCAAGGGAAAAUUUUACUGCCGUAAUGUAGGACAUAUUCCUCUUACUUUAUUCUCUUCAAGAGUUAACGAUGGUAUUUGUGAUUGCUGUGACGGGAGUGAUGAAUACGAUGGUCGAGUGAAGUGCUCCGACACUUGUUGGGAAGCUGGAAAAAUUGCACGAGAUAAAUUGAAGAAGAAGAUUGCAAUAUACAAGGAAGGAUUAACCUUGCGCAAGCAGGAAGUUGAACAAGCAAGAUUGGCUUUAGCCAAAGAUGAGGCUGAGUUGUCAAAACUGAAAAAUGAAGAGAAGACACUUAAAGCUCUUGUUGACCAGCUUAAGGAGCACAAGGAACAGAUAGAAAAAGAAGAGGAGAAGGAACGGUUACAAAGAGAAAAGGAAGAGAAAGAAAAGAGAGAGGCUGAGGAAGCUCUAAAGAAUACGACUGGAUCCGGGGAGGAACCUGAAACAGAAUCCAAGACUGUCGAAGAUGCUGAUCUUGACACAAUUGGGCUGGUAGAGGACCCUCCCAUGGAUGAGGAAAUGACAAAAGACGAUCAUGACUCCAUAGGUAAAGACCAUACUGAAAUUGAAGGUUCUCUAGUAACUGAAGAACAAGAUGAUACUGUCGAGAAGGUGGAGGAGAUACACACUGUAGAGAAGGUGGAGGAGACACACACUAUAGAGAAGGUGGAGGAGACACACGUUGCUGAUACUUUAAACAAGGAGAAAGAUGCAUCCGAAAAUACAGAGUCGUUGUCAAAGGAGGAGCUGGGUCGUCUUGUUGCUUCCCGUUGGACAAGUGAAAAGUCUGCGCAACAAGAUGGAGCUGUUGAUGAUGCAAACGAUGAUAAUUAUGAACAUACAGAUGCACAUGAAAUUGCCAAAGAUGAUAAUCAUGAACAUACGGAUGCACCUGACGAUGAAUAUGAAGACGAGUAUGAUUCAGAAACUGAAAAUCACAAAUACAAUGAUGAAGAAGAGGACCAUGAUGUUGCAGCAGAACAUGAUAGUUCAAGUUCUUCUUACAAGUCAGAUGAUGAAAUGGAGUUUGCAGAGACAACUACCUCAAGCAACCGAACUUGGUUGGAGAAGAUACAACAAACUGUUCAAAACAUUCUAAGUGCUGUUAACUUGUUCAAGACUCCUGUUAAUAUAACAGAGGCUGCUCAUAUCCGGAAAGAAUAUGAUGACUCCAGUGCCAAGUUGUCCAAGUUACAGUCCAGAAUAUCAAGCUUAAACAAAAAACUCUCCCAAGAUUUCGGACCUGAGAAGGAGUUUUAUGCAUUCUAUGAUAAAUGCUUUGAGGGCAAGGAGAACAAGUACGUGUACAAAAUUUGCCCCUUUAAACAAGCUUCUCAGGAGGAAGGCCACAGCACGACUCGUUUGGGUAACUGGGAGAAAUUUGAGGAAUCGCACAGAGUGAUGGUAUUUUCAAAUGGUGACAAAUGCUGGAAUGGGCCAGAUAGAAGUUUAAAGGUUAGGUUAAGGUGUGGAUUGAAGAAUGACGUGACCGAUGUGGAUGAACCUAGUCGUUGCGAAUAUGUGGCGCUUCUGUCUACCCCAGCUGUUUGUUCAGAAGCAAAGCUCAAGGAGAUUGAAGAAAAACUGGAUCUAUUAAAGAAGGAUCAGCCACAGGGUCGCGAUGAACUAUAAUAGAACAUUAGGUCGAUUCCAUGUAAAGUUGAGGAAUGAAUGAAUCUGAAAAAGAUUCUCAUUUUCCUUUUCUUGGUUCGUUUUAAUUGAGAGAUGAUGAUGAGCACAAUCACAGGUGAUCUAUAUAUAUAUAUAGGUAAACAGCAUCGGAAAAAGACAGUAGAAUUUUGGGAUGGGUUGGGAUCUAUUUAUUGGUAGCUGGAUUUUUGAUCGAUUGGUUAUUAUUUAGAAUUGAAAGAAAAAGAACAUCAAUACUUUUUCUUAUGAA